AUGUCAGAAUGUGACUCUCUUGAAAGUAACCUCAAGAAGGCUCGCGUGCUUGGGGCUUACGAGAGUCAUCACGUGUCUUCCACACGUGUGGCAUCCCGAGGGCUUGGAAGCGCAGUUAAGAUGCCGUGGGAAGUAGCGUCUGCAUUUCUUGACAUGCCUGCCUUGCCCUCACCUUUCGCCAAAGGGGGAUGCAUCGUGACAAUGCCCGUAGGGCCGGCCGGUCCUGCAGGGCCGGUGAAGUCGUCUUCAGGAAAGCUUGAGUCACUCAGGCUUGCAGGAGUGAGGGUCCCGAGUGUGCCGGGUCAAAGCCGGGAUCAGAAACUCUCCGAAGCGAGGGAGGCGGCUUUGGCAAAGUGGCUUGGGAUUCUUGAAAGGUUCCCUGAGGAUUUUGGUCUGACUUUGUCAAUUCAGUUAGACAAGGAAAACGGGCGAAAUGCUGACUUGAAGUCUUCCUUGCAAGAUGUGUUUUCUCAGAAGGCGAGCGUCACGAUCUCUGGUCGUGCUGGGCCUCUUGCCAGGUACGUCAAGCAUUGCCGAGGUCGCCAGGUCAAGCCUUUCCCUGUCACUGAAGCAGGGGUCUAUGCUUUCCUUCAAGACUAUGCAUCGCACGAGGCGCCCACGUUCGCAAGGAGUUUCUUGAGCAGCCUCGCUUUUGCAAAGUUCACUGUGAGCUUGAAGGUGAGUGAUGAAAUCUUCAUCCCUAGGGUCCGUGGACUGUCGUCGAAACUGUAUCUUGAAAAGAGGAAGACUCGACAGAAGCCAGCUCUCAAGGUUGAUCAUGUGCGCAAGUUGGAGGCCAUCGCCUCCGGUUCAAUCGCGCUCGAACCUCCCGACCGGGUCGCUUCUGGCUUCUUCGUUUGGACCUUGUAUGCACGAGCAAGGUAUUCGGAUGCCCAGGCUGCGGGUGCAAUGACUUGCGACUUGAGCGAUACCCCAGACGGCACGGUGGGAUACUUGGAGGCUGCUGUUGAGCGAAGCAAGACUUCGUUUUCACUGGAGAGCGCACAUGUUCGCUCCCAUCAAAGGAAUAGGCGAGGUGCCCUGGGGUGUCAAUCCGCUUUCUGGAGGAGGGUGGCAAACGUCGCCGUUGGCGGUGGCGAGUGCCACGAAAUGGAUGAAGGCACUUUUGAUCCGUGCAGGUUGCGACAGGUGAGAGCGGCCCUUGGCUAUCAUGCCAGGGGCCGUGAUGGAACCGAACUCAUAUAUGGGAGAGACAACAUGUCUGCUCCUGUGCGGCAGCCGCAAGGGGUUUUGCUCGAAGUGUCAAGCGAAAGGUUCAGGCCGGAUGCCACCAGGUCCGGUUACUUCGUGAAGCGCUUUGAAGAUCCCGAAGGGGUGCCCAUUCCUCCUGACGAGGUUCUGUCGGAUUCUUCUUCCGAGGCCAGCGAGGAUGCCGAGGAUGUAGAUCAUGAAGCUGCGGAGGCGGCCACCGACGUGUUGGGAAGGCAAUGGGAGCCCGAUGCAGGCUUGCGUGCCGAGCUCGAAGCAGCGACAAGUUCAGAUGUGGCAGGAACAUCUCGACCAGGAUUGCUAGCCCGGUUCCUGCUCCUGAAGAUGGCGAACUACUCUGAGAGUCAAUCGGUUCUGCAGUCACGAUUGAGCAUCGUGGGUUUCGCGGAAGGUGACGUUCAGAAAAUUCUGCCAGAGGUGGGAAACUUGAGGAGGCUGGCUUUCAUUUCUUCUUUCACCCCCGGUCAGACUGACGAGGAGCCGUUGGUGCAUGUGUUGAAGGAUAUCUUGAAGCGAGAACUGACAAUUGCAGACAUGGCGAAUUGGCGUGCGGUGUACAAUGAGGCUUAUGCCGUUGUGACCGCGGAAAUGAAGCAGAGGAUUGAGAAGGCCGAUCCCGAGUCGACUGUCAGGCCUUUGUCCCGGCCUGAGAGGUCGGAGCAGUACGAGCGGCAGGCAAAGAAGCUUGUCGGGAUAUCGCUUAAAGGGCCUUUGGAGCCUGCCGAUGCACUUGUCGACCUUGCUGUGGCUUCCUACGAGGCGAAUGAGCUGAGGUACAUUCCGUGGGACCGGUGUGUGUCUAAGGAAGCUGAACUGGCUGGCGAGAAGAAACGUGAUGUCAGGUUCACUGUUGAGGCGAACUUGAUCGAUUUCAGUGUCGCUGAUCAAUGGACUCAGCGCUUGAUGAAGGCUCGCAUGCAAUCGCCUGCGGAGCAUUUUGCCAGGCCCACUUGGAAGCAGCUUGAGUCGGCGGAUCGGCAGCUGUUUGCUGAGCUUCGUGACAAGACCAGGGCGGGUGUGCAGACCGUCGCAUCGGGUCGCCCGUUGGACUCGCUCCUGCCGGAUACGAUGUACAUGAACGAGGUGGCGUGCCUGCUGCAACCUUUUCCGGUCCCUUCCUUGAAGGACACUCCCCAGAAGCCGGGUGCUCCCAAGUGGGAGAGGCCUUCUCCUUCUAGCAAAGGUGGGGGCAAAGGAAAGAAAGGUAAGCAGAGGUUCGCGACUAAGUUGCCCGCCGGUUUGGAAGGCUGCAGGUCUCACACUAAUCGCGGCGACCCAAUCUGCUUUGCCUUCAAUCUGGGUGGCUGCUCGACAAAGGGGCAAAAGUGCGAGAAAGGCCUGCACAUUUGUGCAGUGCCUAAGUGCGGUGCUCAUAACCAUGGUGCAGCGCAGUGCCUCCGAGAAGGAGUUCAUCGGCCGAACAGUGCAUGCACGGGCGGCUCUCCUCCGAGUGGUGUGGACUGUCGCCCGAACCCGGGUGUUGAUCGAGAGGAUCAUCACGAGCACAACGUUGGCUCAUACAGUGCCAUCGCUAGGCCCCCGCCGAGUCUGGUGGAGGCCGCACGCAGCAGGUCCCCGAGGCACCGUGAUGGUGCGGGGCCACAGAGCGGCAAAGCGAGUUCAUCACUUGACGAGGGUCAUGUGAGUGCCGCUGAUGUUCUUCGAGUUUUCGAUAGUCUUCCUUCGGAUGCCUUGAAGAGGGGUGCUAGUGCACCUCUCCCAGCUUCGAAGUCCUAUGCCACGGGUGACGGUGGCGCCAUCUUCGUAGAGCACGAAGACGGCGUUAUUGGCACUACACCGAGGAACAUCUUGAUUUCCUCCGGAAGUGCAAUGUUGAUGUUCCGGCAUGCGCGCCCGAAGGAACCUGUGAGCGACCCUGGUAGUCCUUUAAAGCCUGGUUCUGCUCUCUAUGUCGAAAUAAAGUGUGGUUCCGGCUUGCUAGCUGCUCGAGUGCGGCGGGACGGAUUCCAAGUCAUGGCGCUUGAACAUUCGCGCCCUGCUGAGCGGGUGCACACUCACCUUGUCCCGGUGGACAUCGAAACUGACUCGGGUUUCUCCUUUGCGCAGACUGUCAUUGGCCAAGACGCCCCUUUUCAUGUGCAUUUCUUCCCUGCGACUAAGGAUUGUUUUAAGGCUACUUUCGACGCCGUGCAAACCGUUCGCCUCGCCAAGCUCUUGCUCGCGUCUGACUCGCAUUGGAGUGUCUUGCAUCCCCUGGCGUCAGCCCUGUGGUGCCAGCUGGACUUGCCCGAUACGGCAUGCCCAUACCAGUGUGUCGCUGUCGCCACGGGAUCCAUGCUGCGGGCUCGCUUGCACCAGAUUCCUUGUACACAUCAAAAUUCUGUGAUGUAUUCGCUGGCCUCUUGCAGCUGGCGGUCGGCCAGGCUGGCCUCUUACUUGAACACGCUGUUCCGCUGCAAUGCUCGCGUCAUUCUGCAGUCGCUGCCUCCUGGCUCCCGCCUUCUUCGCAUUUUGUGUGAUCGGGGGGUUGUCGGUGCGAAGCAGGUCGGAAGUCUGUCAGGUGUGCCUUCGUCCGUUACUUUUGGCAUUUACCGCACGGAACACGAGUUUGUGGCGCAGGCAUUGCAUAUCGAUCAUCCCUUCGACUUGUGCGUGGCAGUCCCAGACUUCACGUUGAGAGCGUUGGCUUUUACCUUGAAAGAGGGUCCGGUUGGUGUGAUGAAACACCGUCUGAAUCUGCCCCAGCAGUGGACUUCUUGGAAGCGCGAUUUGUCCAGUGCCGAAGCAGAGCUGCGUGCUGCUAUGGAUCCUGGUGUAGCCUCUGUGAUGAAAGGCAAGAAUAUUUUGCUUCUGGAAAAUAUCGCAUCAACUUUCGGUUGGCCUGACACUGAAAUUUUCGAACACCUCAAGCAUGGGUUUCCUUUGGUAGGGGAGUCGAGCCCUUCCGGCAUUUUCGAUGUAGACAGAAAGCCGGCUCUGAUGACACGUGCAGAGCUUGUGCAGCAUGCCAAGUUUCUUAGGCCGGCGCUGUGGGCGAAAGUGUCGAGCGCAGAGGUGGAUGACUUGGCCCGGGAAGUGUGGGAUUCCACACAUCAAGAGAUGCUAGUCAAGGAGUGGCUGACGGGACCUUACUCGUGGGACGAGCUGCAAGCCCGUCACCCGGAAGGCUGGCUUCCAGUGCGGAGGUUCGGCAUCGUGCAAAAGGCCAAGACGCGGUCGAUCGAUGAUUUGGCCGAGAACUUGGUAAACCAAGCUUCUCGGCCCGAGCUGUUUGCUGCGAGUCGGGGUGGGCGGCGCGCGUAG